UAUUACCAUAUUUUCUGUUUUGACCACUUCAGCCUACUGUCUAGCAUAAAUCCAAGAAGUCUGGUUUCCUCCACCUGUUCAGGCGCACUCUUUACAGACAGAUUAAACUGUGGCUUGAGUUUAGGCUCAUUAGUGAUGUGAUGGUGUGUGCUGGUGUGUUCAGGUGAUGUGUGAGGACGCGGUGAGGCAGACACGCAGUCAGAAGCGCGCUCUAGAGCAGGAAUCUCUGCAGCUGAAGCUGGAUGACUCCCGAUCGGUCCAGGACUCCAGCGUCCUGAAGACCACCAUCAAAGAAGAGCUGCAGACGAGAGACGAGCCCAUGGACACGAGCAACACCGCGAUGAAGAGAGAGGCGCGGUCUCCGUCGCCUGAUGACGUCAUCGUUCUGUCGGACGAGGCGCCCAGUCCGCCGGUGAACGGAGGAAAUCACGUCAAACAGCUGGACACGGAUCUGCUGAUGAGCAGUUCUCCGGAGGAGCGCGAGCGCGUCGUUACGCAGCUGAAGGAGGAGCUGCGUUUAGAGGAGGCCAGACUCAUCCUGCUCAAGAAACUCAGACAGAGUCACAUACACAAAGACUCCGGAGCACAGAAGUGUGGUUGUGAAUGUGCUGCUGUUGUUGGUCAGGUGAUCUCCGCUCGGGCUUCUGGGACGGUGAUUCCUCCUCCGCUGUCCAAACACAGCGCUCAGAUCAUCAUGCCUCCGCUGCUCAGAGGAGCUCAGUCGAUCUUGGUGUCGCCGCUGCAGGUCUCCAGCCUCAGACAGCAGCAGAACUCCUCAGGGCCUCCUCCGCUGCUCCUCGCACCCAGAGCCACGGUGAGCAGCGUCCCGGGACACAAGAUCAUCCAGCCCGGCCUCAUACGCAUGACCUCCAUCCCCAGCACAGGCCUGCUUCUCAGCAUCAGCCAGGCUGCCGGCUCAAACCUGAAGUCUGGGUCAGGCGUGUCGAACGCUGGUCAGGCGGCUAAACUAGCGCUGCGCAAACAGCUGGAGAAGACACUGCUGGAGAUCCCUCCGCCCAAACCGUCCUCGCCGCAGCUCACCUUCGUGCCGUCAGCAGCCAGUAACGAGUUCAUCUACCUGCUGGGGCUGGAGGAGGUGGUGCAGAACCUGCUGCAGUCUCUGGGCCGAGGUAAGCAGGGUCUGUACGCCGGUCUGGUGGUCAGCGCUGGAGAGCCGAGCUGCUGCUCUCAGUGUCAGACGGACUUCACCUGCCGCUGGCGCCGAGACGAGGGCGGAGCCGUCAUGUGUGAGCAGUGCAUGUCGUCCAAUCAGAAGAAGCUGCUGAAAGCCGAACACACCAAUCGGCUGAAGGUGGCAUUCGUCAAGGCGCUUCAGCAGGAACGGGAGAUCAAUCAGCGAGUGCUGCAGCAUGCCACGCCCCCUGCCUCUUCAUCCUCCUCCUCCUCUGCUCACGGGAUGAAGGCCGAUCAGGUCAAAGCGCGCUCCUCAUCUUCAGCUCAGACCGUGAGCCGCUCCACUGCAGCCGUCAAACAGGUGUCUCCGAGUGCGUCGGCUCGUAGCGUGCAGCCGUCUGCGAUACGCGUCGUUCCUCACGCCUUCUCCCCGUCCUCUCAGCUGCAGAACGCCGUGGCGGCCGCCGCUCUGGUCAGCAGGCCAGGUAAGCAUGCAGAGCGUCAGGGGUCAAAGGUCAGCAGCAGCAGCGUGAGGAAACGGAGCAGCAGCGCAGCAGGCGUGACCAUGGCCUAUGUGAACCCCAGUCUGUCGGUCCAGAAGCCGGUGGAGCGUCACAGGGAGUAUCUGCUGGACAUGAUCUCAUCUCGCUCCGUCUCACAGACCGCAAACUCCUGGAAGUAGAACCAGGUUCUGGAUUCAUCCGGUUUCUGCAGGUUUCUUCUCUCAAGGGCUCUGAUCGUCACUUCACUUCUUACCAAAAACACCAGAGACGCUUUGUGUGCUGCUGUUACGGCUUAGUUUUAUUUCGUUACGUAAGUGUGUGUGUGUAUGUGUGUGUUUGACGACGUUUGUUCUUCCACAAACAUUUUAUUUUUCAGCUCAUAGAUUCAGAGUCACUCUAAAUUAAUUAGUUUUCUUCUGAACCAUGUCUGAGUGUGGAGUCUGUUGAAGUUUUAUGCGUUUGUCAAUAUUUUUUUGCAGUCACUGUAAUUAUAUUGUUUGUAUUUCCAUGCAGCUGAUUCUCGAUAUGUAGCAUUUCUGAAGUAAUUCCACUCAUAAUUGGUUUAGAAGAUCAUAAGUAUGCUCAGAUUGUUAUGAGCUGCAGAUUAUUGGUGCAGAGCAUCAGUGUUUAUAAUGAGGAUGAUGAUGAUGAUGAUGAAGGCAGAUUGUUCUCAUGGCUCUGGUUUAAAACUGAUCAUGUUCAUGUUUCCGCCCAUCCAACAGUCCAGGUUUGUUUUGUUGUGCGAUGAUGAUGAUGAUGUCACAACGUCGUGUUUCCAUGGUUACGGACAGAUGCAGCAGCAUGCGUCUGCUUCCUGCAACAUGUACAAAGUUACAGUUUGUUAGAUUUAUUUGUUCCUGUAAUAAAACGUUUUAACCCUUU